AUGCCGGAGCAGGAGCUGCCCGCUCUGGAGGACGGCACGCCCGCUGAGGGCGACUACGAGCUGCUGGCCGCGUCACCGCCCGAGCAAGAGCGCAACCAGGAUCAGAACCCUCGCUCUUCCAAACUUGGAUCAUCCCUCGCUAGCUCGCGUGUUGGCGGUGCAUCCGCAGAGAUGAGCGUCUCGUGCCGCAAUUGCGUUGAUUUUGUCGCGGAGAUCUCGUUGUCGGCGGCGCUUCUAACUCCAUCGCUGAGAACGACCACUGUGACGGCAAUGAUCAGCGCAAAUCGGAACAGGCCCAUGCUUCUUCGAGCAGGAUACUGCGCUCCGCUUGGACGGAGAAAAUAG